AUUCCACCAUGAUUAACAGUUUACCGAAAACAUUGUAGAUGCGAAAAUUCAACGCGCGUGUGGAGAGGCGAAGAGUUUUGCGAAGUUUUGACAUAUACUCCUACGCGAUUUAAUAUUCUUUGCAUUUUUUGUCCCGAUAGCCGCAAGCAUGUCGAAUAAGUUUGAGACUACUUACAGAUUGAAAGCCACAGAAGACAGUGGAGAUGAGGAGUCUCAAUCAAAGGAUAAUCAAAAGACAGAAAAAGGUUCAUUACCUCCAAUAGAGAUAAAUCCAAAUGAGCAUAAAUUACAAUAUGCAUAUGCACUGUGGUACAGUCGCCGUAGUCCUGGCAAGACUAAUAUACUAAGUUACGACCAAAAUUUAAAAUUGGUCGGUAGGUUUGCAAGCGUAGAGCAGUUCUGGGGUCUUUACAGUCAUUUAGUACGACCAUCGGAUCUUACGACACACACAGACUUCCAUCUUUUUAAAGUUGGUAUAAAACCCAUGUGGGAGGAUGAAGCAAAUCAAAAAGGUGGCAAGUGGAUAGUUAGAUUACGAAAAGGUUUAGUUUCUAGAUGUUGGGAAAAUCUUAUAUUGGCAAUUUUAGGAGAACAAUUUAUGGUAGGAGAAGAAAUAUGUGGGGCCGUCGUAUCUAUAAGAUUUCAGGAAGACAUAAUAUGUGUAUGGAAUAAGACAGCGUCGGAUGUGACGAUAACAGCGCGGAUCAGAGAUACUUUGAGAAGGGUAUUACAUCUUCCGCCUACAGCUACUAUGGAGUAUAAAACCCAUAACGACAGUUUGAAGAAUGUACAUCGAAAUCUCUAAAGUUGUAUAAUUUCGAAAACGAGACAUUAAAACUUCUUUGACAGAUCUAAGCUGAUUCUUGUUAUACUUCCCGGGGGAUUAUGUAUCUGACAAGAAAGUAAAAGAGAC